UGUCAUAUUAUAGUGAAGUGGUUGAGUUGCUUGCACCAUGGGCGACACGGCGGCAGCAGAAAUCGAAAAUCUAAACAUUAACGAAAAGGCAGGAUUUUGAGCACAAUAUUUAUAUUUUACUCGUUAUUUUAUCAACUAGAUAAGCGAUGUUAAAACUGUUUAAAUUGCGUAGAAUCUGCGUUGUCCACAUCAAAGAGGGCUAUGCCACAUGGUCACAGAAAAAAGCAAUGAAGGAAAAGAAAAAAAAAGAGGAGUCAUCCGGAGGUGUUGCUGAAUUGAAUCCGUGGCCAGAAUUCAUUCAAAAACGUAUUGCUCUAUGGGAUAAGUUUAAGGCCGAAAGAGAUGCAGAAUUAGCAUCUAAACCAGAUCUGAGUAUUGUUGUUACAUUACCUGAUGGCAAGACCGUUGAAGCAAAAGCUUGGAAGACAACUCCAUAUGAUGUUGCAAAGGGUAUCAGCCAAGGUCUCGCAGACUCUACAAUAAUAGCUCGAGUGAACAACGAGCUCUGGGACUUAGAUCGGCCAUUAGAAGGAGACUGCAAGUUGGAACUUCUGAGAUGGGAUAACACAGAUGCACAAGCUGUGUUCUGGCACUCGUCUGCGCAUAUGCUCGGAGAGGCAAUGGAAAGGGUAUACGGUGGCCACUUAUGUUAUGGUCCGCCCAUAGAAGAAGGAUUCUACUACGAUAUGCAUUAUCCAGAGAAGGGUAUAUCUUCAACGGAUUUCCACAUACUUGAAGGCUUAGUCAAGAAAAUCGCAAAAGAGAAACAACCAUUUGAGCGUCUUGAACUUACCAAGGAGCAAUUAUUGGAAAUGUUCGAUUAUAAUCCAUUUAAAGUCCGUAUUCUAAAUGAGAAAGUUAACACACCGACUACUACUGUGUAUAGAUGUGGACCACUCAUCGACCUUUGCAGAGGACCUCAUGUAAGACAUACUGGAAAGGUCAAAGCACUAAAGGUCACUAAGAAUUCGGCUACAUACUGGGAGGGUAAGGCUGAUGCAGAAAGUCUACAGAGAGUCUAUGGCGUGUCAUUCCCUGAACCAAAACAAUUGAAAGAAUGGGAAAUGAUUCAAGAGGAAGCUGCGAAGAGAGAUCACAGGAAAAUUGGACGUGAACAAGAACUAUUCUUCUUCCAUGAGCUAUCUCCGGGGUCCUGUUUCUUCCAGCCCCGUGGAGCUCACAUUUACAACAUCCUUGUUAACUUUAUAAAAGAACAAUACAGGAAGCGAGGUUUCAAUGAAGUAGUGACUCCAAACAUGUACAAUGCUAAACUUUGGCAGACUUCGGGCCACUGGGCUCACUAUGCUGAAAAUAUGUUCUCAUUUGACAUUGAAAAGGAAACGUUUGCUUUAAAACCUAUGAAUUGUCCAGGACAUUGCCUGAUGUUCGAGCAGCGCAGCCGCUCGUGGCGCGAGCUGCCGCUGCGGCUGGCGGACUUCGGCGCGCUGCACCGCAACGAGCUGAGCGGCGCGCUCACCGGCCUCACGCGCGUGCGCCGCUUCCAGCAGGACGACGCGCACAUCUUCUGCGCGCCGCAGCACAUCGAGAAGGAGAUGCUUGGUUGUCUAGAUUUUCUGGAAUGUGUAUACUCCACUUUUGGUUUCACAUUCCAACUGAAACUGUCCACGAGGCCUGAGAAGUAUCUGGGAGACAUUGAAACUUGGAAUCAAGCUGAAAAGGCUCUAGAAGAUUCUCUGAACAAGUUUGGUAAACCAUGGCAGCUGAACCCCGGCGAUGGUGCGUUCUAUGGCCCUAAGAUCGACAUCACCAUACAAGACGCUCUACGCCGAUCGCACCAAUGUGCCACCAUACAACUCGAUUUCCAACUACCCGAAAGAUUUAAUCUCAGUUAUGUCAGUGAAUCCGGUGACAAGAAGCGUCCAGUGAUAAUCCACCGUGCUGUACUGGGUUCAGUAGAACGUAUGAUAGCUAUCCUAACUGAAUCAUAUGCUGGAAAGUGGCCUUUCUGGCUCAGUCCUCGCCAGGCAUGUGUUGUUCCUGUCGGUCCAGCAUUCGAUGACUAUGCAACGCAGGUGAAUGAAAAACUGUUCGCCAGUGGCUUUAUGUCAGAAGUGGACACGGACGCAGGAGAUACUCUCAAUAAAAAAGUUAGAAACGCGCAAUUGGCACAGUUCAACUAUAUAUUGGUGGUAGGUGAAAGAGAAAAGAACUCAGGAACGGUGAAUGUCCGAACCAGAGACAACAAAGUCCACGGAGAAAUGUCAGUUGAAGGGCUCAUCGAACACUUUAACAAACUGGUCAAUGAAAAAACGCUAUCAGAAGAUAGCCAGCUUUUAAAAUAAAUAUCAUUCACUCAUAUUGUAACUGUCCCAAAUUUUUACCUUUUUAGAGUUACUAAAAAAUAUAGUUUGGAUGUUACUCAUAAAAAUUAUUUUUUCAAAAAUUUUGCUACUGAAUUUCGAAUUUCUUUAAUUAUUAUUCUGUUAAAUUAUGACAUGUAAAGUUGUUAUAAUUGGUAAUCAGGUUAAAAAUAGCUUAAGUAGUCUCAAAUUUUCAGUUAAAAACUGUUUCGCAGAAUAGUUGAUAUUGUUUUUUAUAUAAACAUCUUAAAUAUGCACACUUUUUUUUCUUAAUUUUAUUCAUUAUAGAAAAAGCAAGGCUAGUUUUACAUUAUACAGUUCACUUUUUUUUGCAUAUUUUUCUUAAACCUUUUAAUUGUUAAUGAAAUGAUGAGGUAAGAUUUAAUACGUCUUUCCCCUACACAGAUGUAAAUUUUUCGUGAUGUUUUUUUGUGCAUUUGACUUAUUAUUAACUUAUUUCAUUUAAGUAAAGGUGAAUAAAUAAAAAUUACAAUCUU